UACUAAUUUACAAAUUACAAUUGGUGAAAGCGUGAAACUUGAUCCUUACAUCUUCUUAAUGAUUAGUUUACGCUGUCCGUAUGAAGAUGGGUUUAUUAGCUGUCUGAACGCUCGUUGACGGUUUCAUUUGAACUUCGAGCUCUGUGUGUGAUCGGUGAUCCCAUUCCUCUCUCUUCUUCUCCGAUCUCCACACAGAGGCGGUUAUGGCUUCCCUAGCUAAUGCAUCUGAAACCAAGCCUUACAAGUUCCUGAUCUAUGGCCGCACCGGCUGGAUUGGCGGUCUCCUCGGCAAGCUCUGCGAGGCUCAGGGGAUCGAGUACGUGUACGGGUCUGGGAGGUUGGAGAACCGGGCAUCCUUGGAGUCCGACAUCGCCUCUGUUAAACCCACCCACGUCUUCAACGCCGCCGGCGUCACCGGCCGCCCCAACGUUGACUGGUGCGAGUCCCACAAGGUUGAAACCAUUCGGACCAAUGUUGUAGGCACGCUGACGCUCGCUGACAUCUGCAGGGAGAAAAGCCUGGUCCUCAUCAAUUACGCGACGGGGUGCAUUUUCGAGUAUGAUUCAACCCACCCGCUUGGAUCCGGCAUCGGGUUCAAGGAGGAGGACACUCCUAAUUUCAUCGGAUCAUUCUAUUCCAAAACCAAGGCUAUGGUGGAGGAUCUGCUGAAGAACUAUGAGAAUGUGUGCACAUUACGAGUCAGAAUGCCCAUCUCAUCUGAUUUAUCCAACCCUCGCAACUUCAUCACUAAGAUCUCUCGCUAUGACAAAGUAGUUGACAUUCCGAAUUCCAUGACAAUACUAGAUGAACUCCUCCCUAUAUCAAUUGAGAUGGCCAAGAGAAACCUCACCGGCAUCUGGAACUUCACCAACCCUGGAGUGGUCAGCCACAAUGAGAUUCUGGAGAUGUACAGGGAAUACAUUGAUCCAAACUUCACCUGGAAGAACUUCACCCUUGACGAGCAGGCAAAGGUUAUUGUUGCUCCGCGAAGCAACAAUGAGCUUGAUGCUACCAAACUAAAGAAGGAAUUUCCUGAGCUCUUGUCGAUCAAGGAGUCCCUUAUACAAAAUGUGUUCAAGCCUAACCGUAAGACCCCUGUGGCUUGAACCAAUUGUGGUUCGAGUUUUGUUUGGAGAUUCUAUAUUCGCUAUCUUUUCAUGCCUGUGGACAUCACAGGUUCUUUUUACCAAAUGUAGCCUUUCAAUCUUUCAUAGCUUUUUGUCUGUUUUGAGUUUUUUAUUUCUAUUAUUUCAGUAUGAAUAAUUUGGGAAUAACCCUUUCCGUGUAUUAGUACUUGUUCAAAAGAAUUAGACUUUUGUUCAAACAUCAAGCGGCUUGUUUAAUUUUUAGUUUCGUUCUGCAUGCUGUUUAUAUUCCUACUUUCCUAGGUGAGUACGCUUCUAUAUGAAAUUCAAUUGGCAUCAUGGGGUUUGGCUGUUAUUUGUUGUAGAA